AUGGACUAUGAUGCCUACGAUGCUCUCCUUCACCACAUCUUCAAACAGACCCAAGGAGAUGCUUGGUUUAGGCCAGAGGAGAACGUCACCGCUGGUGUCUGCCUCCGCGUGCAGCCAGGUCAUUUUCGCCUGUUCCCGUACGAGAAAGGGCAGCUAGCUUCCUUCGAGGCGGCUGUUCGUAGUCUCAAUCCCGUCGUGGCCGUGAAGCUACGAAGUGCCGCCGUGCACGCUGCGUUCGCAACGAUAACGGAUAAUGCGUAUGCCCUAUAUGUCGAUCAUGAUACUCGCAUUCAGGUCCUUGACACCAUGGGCGAACUGCCCAGAGCGGAAAAGGAACAAUGUGGCGCCUUCAUUAGAGAUGAACGGGUUCUCGUAUUAUGGUCCGACAACCUCGACAACAUCAUCCCUCUAUGCCGUGAUUUCGACGAUAAACUCAUCAAGCUUGUCUGGAGAUUGCGUGGUUUCAACACUCUUCCCUCCUCUACGCUUGCCUCGGUGAUCCCUUCCAAUCCUCAAUCCUCAGAGAACCUCAGCAGCGAUAUGGAGAAGAUCAAUGACUCCGUGGAAGUGAUCCCAGUCACGCAGAGAGAACUCGACAACCGAAAUAAGGAGAAGACAUCCUUUAAGUGGUGGGUCCCGAGCUGGCGCCUGUCGGCAGCGAGACCGGACCAGGAGGGUGGUGAUCCCGAAAAGGCUGCUACUAGUCACCGGCGUGUGAGGCUGCUCGCGCCUGCAUACAACGGCUUUGGUGUAGCGCUCUCUUUGUUCUUCAUUGGAUGCGGUGUCAGCAUGCUUCUUCAGGAGAGCAUGUUAGACGAGAACUGGUCGCGCUUUGGGCUGCUAGCAACGGCGCCUUUCACUUUUUGUGUUUCUCUGUUCUUUGCACUGCAGAUUGUUGGAAACCUUGGCAUGAUACUUGGACCGAUCGCUCAGUACCACGAAAACUCGCGAUACUACUCUGCAGUCAAGCCAGCGCCCAACAAGGAGGUCGAUUCGGCUCUGCCGCAUAUCAGUAUUGAACUCCCGGUGUACAAGGAAAGCCUCAAGGAAGUAAUUGCACCCUCUGUAUACUCUAUCAAGAAAGCUAUGCAGACGUACGCCCGCCAGGGCGGCACCUCCGCCAUCUUCGUACACGAUGACGGCCUCCAGCUCAUGAGCGAGGAAGAACGCGCGGAGCGCAUCUCGUUCUACGCGGACCACAAUAUCGGGUGGGUCGCGCGUCCGCCACACUCUGGUGCGCCAGAUGGGUUCAAGCGCGCGGGGCGGUUUAAGAAAGCAUCGAACAUGAACUACGGGCUUGCGCUUUCUCUUAAGCUCGAGAGGCAUCUCAAGGAGAUCGAGGCUGCGGAGGCUCGUGGUGAGCUCGAGGAGGGCGAUGGAGAUGGCGAGGGUCUCGAAGACCGGGCGAUGAACAUGGCCGUUGAGGAGAUGUUCGACGAGAGCGGGAGAAGGUGGAGGCCUUGGGUGUGCAACGCCAAGAGCAUCCGUGUUGGAGAGAUCAUCUUGCUCGUGGACUCUGAUACGAUCGUACCCGAGGACUGUCUCCGCGAUGCUGCGCGCGAGAUGGCUGAGAGCCCCGAGGUUGGGAUCAUCCAACAUGAGUCUGACGUCAUGCAGGUCGCACACCACUACUUCGAGAAUGGCAUUGCGCAUUUUACGCGGAGAAUCAAUAGGUGCAUCUCGCUCGGCACCGCGAACGGAGAGGUUGCGCCUUUCGUGGGUCACAACGCGUUCCUCCGGUGGUCUGCUCUCCAGGAUGCGGCUUUCAUCGAUGCGGACGAUGGUAAAUCGAAGAUCUGGUCCGAGUCGAAUGUGUCGGAAGAUUUCGACAUGGCUCUCCGCCUGCAGCUGAAGCACUACAUCAUUCGUUGGGCUACCUACUCCGAAGGUAGUUUCAAGGAGGGUGUUUCCCUGACGGUUGACGACGAGCUCAAUCGCUGGCAAAAAUAUUCCUAUGGCUGCAGCGAGCUCAUCUUCAACCCUCUUAUAUCUUGGUGGAAGCUUGGUCCGAUCAACAAGCAACUCCACAUCUUUGUGUGGUCCGAUGCUCCGAUCCAUUACAAGUUCAGUAUGAUGGCAUAUAUGUUUUCCUACUACGGUAUCUCGGCGUCGGCCAUCCUUUCGCUGCUCAACUACGUCUUGCUCGGAUUGGCGCUGCCGACCGAUGGCUAUUAUCUCCACAGCUUCGAAAUCUUCCUGGCCAUCAUGGUCGUCUUCCCUGGCUCCGGGAACGUGGGGUACAUCCUGCUCGAGUAUCGUCUCGGCUACCGCGGCCUUAUCCCCUCCAUCAUCGAAACCGUGACAUGGAUUCCAUUCUUCUUCUUCUUCUUUGGCGGUCUCAGUAUCCACCUCACCACCGCCCUCCUCGCCCACCUAUUCUCGUACAACAUCACCUGGGGAGCGACGAAGAAGGAGGUCGAGCGCUCCAACUUCUUCAUCGAGGUGCCGCGCAUCCUGAAGCGCUUCUGGCUCGCAUUCUUGCUGUGCUUCGCCACAUUCGCACUCAUCAUCGUCAUGAGUCUGCCCUUUGUCGGGCCCGACUACCAGAUCCCGGGCGACUAUUGGGCUGUCAUCCUACCUCUCACGCUGGUUGCGGGUAGUCAUAUUCUCUUCCCGAUCGUGCUCAACCCGUAUUUGAUGGUGUUUUCGUACUGAUUC